AUUUUGGCAUAAAAGGGGGGUCCCCAUCAUCGUUAAGAUUCAUUGCACCGGGCAGUUUGCGUUCAACUUUCCUCCUUCAAGAGACAUCGGCUUCGAAUCCACUCAACAAAAGCGAACAUGGCCCGGAAAAGGUGGUACGCUGUGGCAAGGGGUCGCCAGCCGGGUGUAUACGAGACAUGGGAGCAAACCGAGGCGCAGGUUCUGGGAUUUCCAGAUAACCGUUACAAAUCCUUUCCAACAAAAGAAGAAGCCGAGAAAUUUGUAGGGGAGAACAGAAAUACCGAGGCUGAGCCGCUUGGGGAUGCUGAAACUCGGGACGCAUCCACGCAGCCAUCGGCAGCAGGUGAAUAAACUUGCAGAUCACAAGCUCUCAACACCAGGCGGGGGGAAGGAGAGGUAUUGGCAGCGCCAAGAGAACAAGGGCCAAGCCAACAAGGGCAGGUUGGACAUCAGAGUAAAUGUUUCUCGGGUGUGAAGUUGCUAAGGAUGAAGCCAUCGUGAAUUACCUUAACUCAUUCGACUAAGACAGGUAGCUGCACGGUGUGAGAAUGACACGUGGUCAAUAAACAGGAUGAAAUUUUC